AUGUUUGGCGGGUUUGUGCGGCGCUACGCCCACCAGAGCCGCGAACUGGGCUGCAAAAUGGUGUUUACGGUCUUCUUCCCUCCUGCCGUCACGAAGGCUCCGGUGGUGUACUACCUCAGCGGCCUGACCUGCACCGACGAAAACUUUGUGCAAAAGGCGGGGGCGCAGCGUAAGGCGGCGGAGCUGGGGCUGGCGGUUGUGGCGCCCGACACCUCGCCGCGCGGCCUUGGCAUCGAGGGGGAGGACGAGAGCUGGGACUUUGGCACUGGCGCUGGCUUCUACCUGGAUGCCACUGCCGACAAGUGGAGGCAGUACCGCAUGUACAGCUACAUCACGCAGGAGCUGCCCGCCCUGCUGCGCAGCAUGCCGGAGCUGGACGUCGACAAUGCUGGCAUCAUGGGCCACUCGAUGGGCGGGCACGGCGCCCUCACCAUUGCGCUGAAGAACCCCACCGCCUACAAGUCGGUCUCCGCCUUUGCGCCCAUCUGCAACCCCACGCAAGUGCCGUGGGGGCAAAAGGCAUUUGCGGGGUACCUGGGGGAGCAGUGGCAGGAGGUGGCACAGCAGUACGACGCCACCGAGCUGGCGCGCCAGUACAGCGGGCCCUCCCUACCUGUGCUGAUGGACACCGGCACCGACGACGAGUUCCUGAAGACGCAGCUGCACCCCUGGGCGUUUGAGGAGGCGGCGCGCGGGAAGCUGCAGGUGGAGAGCCGCAUGAAUGAGGGGUACGACCACAGCUACUUCACCAUUGCCACCUUCAUGGACGACCACCUCUCCUUCCACGCCAAGCACAUACUGCCCAGCGCCGCCUGA